UUCCCCAUCACCGGUCCCGCCCAUUCAACCGGUGUCUGCAUCUAUUGGUUCUCCCCAACUUCAGUCAAAUUUGUCAGGCUCCUGAUUGGCUGACCCUGCAUCCACGACGUCACGGCGCUGCGCUCACUAGUGCUGUGCUGUCUAGGUUGACGACCAUGCUCCAAAUGUACAGGAAGAGCUCCCUCUCGGAGAGGCUGAUUCGCACCAUCUCCUCCAUCCGCUCUCUGCCUGGAGACACUGUAGAGUCGCUGAUCCGCAAGGGGGCUGAUGUCAAUAGUCCGCAUGACACCCUGAUGCCUCUACACAGCGCCUGCAUGGUGUGCGACGCAGACUGCGUGGAGCUACUCUUGGAGAAUGGAGCUAAUGUGAAUGCGCUCGAUGGCUACCAGCGCACAGCUUUGCACUAUGCGGCAGAAAAAGACGAGACCUGUGUGGAGAUCCUCCUGGAAUAUGGUGCCGACCCCAAUGCUCUUGAUGGUAACCAGGAUACCCCUCUACACUGGGCUGCUUUCAAAAAUAUGGACGUCUGUGUACAGUCAUUACUGGAGGGGGGUGCAAGGGUCAAUGCCAGGGACUACAACCAGGACACUCCACUAAGCUGGGCAGUUAUGAAAGGCAACCUAGAGAGCGUGCGUCUGCUCCUGGAAUAUGGGGCACAGCCCGACACUGCCAACCUCAAGGGUCAGUACCCAGCUGGGCGACUUGCGGUUCUGAUGGGUAGAGGCCUUGGUGGGGAGAGGGAGGAGGAAUGCCUCGAACUGCUGCACAAAGCUUGUGGUACCCUCAGGUUGAGAAGGGAAGGUGGGGUCCCCCCCGAGGUCGCACGUGAUGCCCAGCUUUGUGAACGCCUUGUAAAACUCUGCUCGGUCCCAGGCACCUUAAAGGCUUUGGCGAGGCGGGUGGUGAGGGGCAGCCUCGGUGGAUGCCAGUUGUCUCAGGUGGUGACUGAGUUGCCUGUUCCUAAAUCCAUACAGGACUAUGUUCUGCUGCUACACUGAAUACAUUGGACCAUACAAGAUGGGAGAAGACCACUAACCAGGCAUUCGGUCUCCUGAGGGGGACAGGUUGUUCUAGUGAAGGCCUCCUUGCCUUCCCAGUAUAUCAGAUGGACUUGACUCUUGUUAAUUCAUGGGGUCAUUGCUAGUUUUUAUUUGAGAACCUAAAUCCUGGGGGGAUAUCCUGGCAUCAUCAAAUAUUCUUGACCACAUCCCAUGGGUCUGUGAGGAGACCCAGCAACCACAGUGGGAUAAAGGCAUGACGAGGAAGUAUAUCAGUGCGGAUGACCUCAUUUAAAGGGGUACUCCACUGGAAAAA